ACAAAUUCUUCCUUCUACUCUCUCAAUGGCUCUUUACAAGUUUCUCACUCCUUUUAUGAUGAAUCCUUCCCUCAAACGAGUCCAUUUUGAUCAAAAUUCUUCAUUUCUCUGUCCUGCCGUUAAAGCAAACAGCGUUGCAAGAGUAUCAAAUCAAAUCAUUGUACGAAGGUCUGGAAAUUACAAACCUCCUGUUUGGAAACAUGAGUACAUUCAAUCAUUAAAUAGUGAAUUUAAGGGAGAAAUAUAUGUAGAACGCUUCAAUGAGCUAAAGGAAGAGGUAGAUGUGAUGAUAAACCAAAUAAUAGACGAUCCUCUAAAGAAUCUCGAGCUGAUUGAUACUUUACAACGACUUGGAAUCUCAUAUCUUUUUGAGAAUGAGAUCAAGGAUUUGUUGAAAAGAACAUACGAGAAGAGCUAUGAAAGUGAUGAUUGGAAAAAGAAUAAUCUAUAUGCAACAUCACUUGAAUUUAGACUUUUAAGACAACAUGGAUUCAACGUUUCGCAAGAGGUUUUCAAUAACUUCAUGGAUGAGACGAAAAACUUUAACACAGGGCUCUAUCAGGAUUUAAAUGGAAUGUUAUCAUUGUAUGAAGCUUCAUUCUUAUGUAUAGAAGGUGAGAACAUUUUAGAGGCAGCAAAAUAUUUUACGAUCAACUAUUUGGAAAAGUACAUGAGAUCAUGCCAAGAUGAAUAUGAAGCAUCCAUUAUUAGACAUGCGUUGGAGCUUCCGUUACAUUGGCGAAUAUCAAGAUUAGAGGCAAGAUGGUUCAUUGAUAUCUACGAAAGAAAAGUGAAUAUGAACUCUAUUCUUCUCGAAAUUGCUAAAUUAGAUUUCAAUCGAGUUCAAUCUGUCCACCAAGAAGAUUUGAAAUAUGCAUCAAGGUGGUGGAGGAACACUGGAUUUAGCGAAAAGUUGAGCUUUGCAAGAGAUAGAUUGAUGGAAAAUUUCUUUUGGACCGUGGGUUUUGGAUUUGAACCUGAACUCUCAUAUUUUAGAAGAAUGUCAACCAAAAUUAUUGCAUUAAUAACAACAAUAGAUGACGUUUAUGAUGUCUAUGGCACAUUAGAUGAACUCGAGCUGUUUACCAAAGCUGUAGAGAGGUGGAAUGUUGAUGCAAUGGACAAGCUUCCUGACUAUAUGAAAAUAUGUUUUCUCGGUCUCCACAAUUCUAUAAAUGAGAUGACUUUUGAUGUUCUAAGAGACAAAGAAAUUAAUGUGAUCCAGUACUUUAAGAAGACGUGGAUAGAUUUGUGCAAAUCUUAUUUGCUAGAGGCCAAGUGUUUUCACAGCGGUUAUAAACCAACAUUAGAAGAAUAUCUAGACAAUGCAUGGAUUUCAGUAGGAGGACCAGUCGUAUUAGUUCAUGCAUAUGUUUUUGUAACAUCUCCAAUGCUCAAAGACAUGGAAAGCUUAGAAGAACAUAUUGAUAUAAUUCGUUGUUCUUCUACAAUUGUUCGACUUGCUGACGAUUUAGCAACAUCAACGGAUGAAUUAGAAAGAGGUGAUGUUCCAAAAUCAAUACAAUGUUACAUGAAUGACACAGGAGCAUCAGAGAAUAAUGCUCGUGAACAUAUAAAACAUUUGAUCGACGAGACAUGGAAGAAGUUAAAUAUGGUUGAGGUCGAAAAUUCUAUUUUUCUUCAAGUGUUGAUCAAGAUAGCUCAAAAUCUUGCUAGAACAGCUCAAUGCAUGUUUCAAUUUGGAGACGGACAUGGCAUAGGCAACAAGGAAACAAAUGCUAAUGUUAUGUCUCUAAUUGUUCGACCCAUUUCCAUUCACCCAUAUAGUAAAUAG